CAAGAGAAAGAAGGAUAAAAAGACAGAUGGGAUGGGCAAUUGUUGGGCUCUUCUCCAACACUAACUCUUUGCUCAACAAGCCUAAUAAAAAAGGAGGGAGUGGGGAUAAAGGAGAUUCAAAACCCAAAGGUGUCUUCUCACUUGCACACACACACUCUCUCUCUCUGCCAUACAAUUUCUCAUCAUCAAUUCUUAUCAGAAGGAUGGAAAAAGAACAAGACACAUCUGCAAGUGAAAAGACAAGAAGGUUUAAGAGUAUAUGUGUAUUUUGUGGAAGUAGAGCUGGGUACAAAUCUUCAUUCAGUGAUGCUGCUCUUGAACUUGGUAAACAGCUGGUUGAGAGAAAGAUUGAUUUGGUAUAUGGUGGGGGGAGCGUAGGUCUUAUGGGUUUGAUCUCACAAACUGUGUUUAAUGGAGGUUGCCAUGUUCUUGGAGUAAUUCCUAAAGCUUUAAUGCCUCAUGAGAUAUCAGGAGAAACCAUAGGAGAAAGGAUAACAGUUGCAGAUAUGCAUCAAAGGAAAGCAGAAAUGUCAAGACAUGCAGAUGCUUUCAUAGCACUUCCUGGUGGUUAUGGAACUUUAGAAGAACUGAUGGAGAUAAUAGCCUGGGCUCAGCUAGGAAUCCAUGACAAACCAGUGGGAUUGUUAAAUGUAGAUGGAUAUUAUAACAGCUUACUUGCUUUGUUUGAUAAGGGAGUUGAAGAAGGUUUCAUAAAUGAUACUGCAAGGCAUAUCGUAGUUAUAGCAGAUACAGCAGCAGAACUUAUCAAGAAAAUGGAGGAAUAUGAACCAGGCCAUGACAAAGUUGCACCAAGACAAAGUUGGGAAGUGGACCAAUUAUCAGAGUCUACAACAAGUGGGGAAGCCUUAGGAUCUUAGAUCUUGAGAAGCCAUCUAUAUCAUGUAUAUAUUUAUAUAAAAGAUACAUAAGUUGGUGCAGUUCCAUUUUAAUCAAUCAAAAAGAAAAGACAGCAAAAGAUUACUCAAUAUCUUUCUUUUUCUCUCUCUAAAGUGGUCUAAAGAUCCCAUAUCUGAAUCA